AUGAGUAUCCCAUUUAUAAUCGCUCUCCAAAACUCAUUAUCCUUGGAGCUUUAGUCAUUAUCAAACUCAAAUUUGUACAUUAGAGCUCUGAGAAUAUAUAAAGUUUUGUCAUACUACGAAGGCUAUUGGCUAAGAUUAAAGAACUAUGAAGAAAAUGAGGAGGUGCGCACUUCAAAUUAUUUAACUAAAGAGGAGAAUAUGAUGCUUUCCAAAUCUAAGAAAUGGAGAGAAAAUCAAUUAAUUUCAUUUAUGAUUUUCAACUUAUUGGUACCACUGUUCCUACUUUCCUCUAUUUCUUUCAUUUCUCCAUAUAUUUACACUAUUAUCCCAGUUUAUGAUACUUAAACUUGUUGGAGCUACUUCACUGAGCAGGAAUAUAUCCUAAAUCUGCCAAGUACUUCUUGUGGAAUGCAAGAGGUUAACGCGAUAAUUUUUGUUAUCUUUAACUGGUUUGAGAUUGCUGGAUUUUCAAUAGCAUUUUGGAUAAUCAGAAACAUCAAGAAUGAACUUAAUAUUAAAAUAGAGCUUUAUUUUGUACUGACAGAUAUAGAUCUACAAAAUACUGUAAAACUAUUAAUUUACAUUUCUAUUUUACUAAGAAACUUUACCACAUUAUGUGCAACAACAAUGUUUUCCAUUUACACUAUGAUUAGGCAUCCAGAGAGAGCCUAUCCUAAGAAUAUUGAGGGAAAGUUAGAAGCUCUUGACUUCGACUUAGUCUUGAGUUCCUCUCUAUCAUUUUAAUACUUUUAUGAUUUCGUCCAAUAAUUUCAAUAAAACUACAAACCAUAUAUGGAUGUUUAUGUUCUUUCAAAACUUUACCAAGAAAAAAUAAAUGAGUUGAUGAGUGAUGAUAGAAGUUUAUCUAAGAAAAUAAAUUACGAUGAAAUUGAAAGAUUAAAGAACAACCUGCUAGAUCUGGUUCAGAGGAAUUAAAACUCUCAUUUUAACUUUGAGUCGAGAUAGGACAUAUCCGUUCCUAGAUUCCCUAAUGAGAUAAGUAGUUUGCAGAAUAGUGUAUUAAGUAGCGAUGUGAAGUCAUUUUUGCCUUAAUUCUAGUUCAAAGCUGAUCGAAAUUCAAGAUAGAUCGAAUUCAUAGAUUUCACUCUCUGUCUUACUAAAUCUAAGUUUGAACUGAGAAUGUGCUACGAAAGGCAUUUUAAAAAGCAUAGAAAAUUUGAAGAUCUGAUCACUUAGUUAAUUUAAAAUGAAAUCGAAUAGAAAUUCCUAGAGCACGCGGGAGUCAUUAAAAAUUAAGAUGAAUGA